AUGGACACUUGGUUGGGCGCACUCCGUUCGAGUGGGAUUCCUGCCGACGGGAGCUCACUCGGUGAACUGGGAAGCUCGUUUGGGUUGGAAAGCGCGACGGUGCGCGUGCCUGGCCUGGCAAUCCCCGCAGCAACGGACAGAUUUUAUACGGAGUUGUGGGCGGACCGGAACGAGCGGAAGCGGAAAAGAGGCUCGUGGGCAAGAUGCUGGCCAUGUGCGCGCGCGAAACGCGAGCAGCUUGGGUUCGGGAGCGGGCAAAGGCGCUACGACGGCGCCCCGCUUCAGGGGGGAGCAUCAGCCAGGGUUUCUACCCCCCCUUCCAUUCCUGAACCUCAAGUAAGCAGGGUGAAGUCGGACCCCGCUAAUCUGGCUCUAGCGGGGCUGGUGGUUGACCGGAUUCAGGGGCUAUUCGAGGCGCAGCAGUUGGAGUUCGAGCAGGGGGACGACCUGUCCCUGGAACUGACCCCCCCUCAGCUGGCCCGCUUGCAGCAGCAACACAGCCUGAUGCGGUCCGCUCUGACGUUUCUGCAAUCCCUUGACGGAGGAGGAGGGGCAGAAACACGUGAUGGUGUCCGAGGGGGAAACGGAGUGGAGGGCUUUCCGCCGCUGUUAGUCGAGGCGACGAGUCACCCCGAUCGAGCCACGAACAUGACCGGCGGGCCGUCCGCGGGCGAAUAUGAGAUCACGUCGAUAUUGGCCAAUAACCAUCGGAGAAAGACGGCUGAGCGGAAAUCGUUGGGGGCGGAAUCAAGGGCGGAACCGCACGAGAACCUGAGCGCUUCGCCAGAGCAAGACUGGGGAGAGUCCCAGGGGACGGUCGCCGGGAACGCGCCACGCUUUAGUGACUCGAGCAAAGUGCCCGGGGCAGACCCCCGGGGCAAUGUCGCCCCAUCAGCCCAGUCAUUCGAAACGGGUGCUUCCAUCGAGAGUCACCGAUGGUGCGGUUCUGACUCGUCUUUAGAAACGGUACAGAAAGAGGGGGACUGGAAUGGCUUCCUCAUCGAGCAGCCCGUGGUGCACGGGUGCAAGAUGCGGUGUGAAAGGGCGCCAGGCAAUCUCCUAGGCUGCUUCUUGCUGAAUGCGCGACAGGAGAAGGCGACCCAGGGUGAGCAUGCGAGAGGAACUGGUCCAGAAGUGGACGACGCUGGCAGUCCCAUCUUUGUCGACCUGAGCGCCCAUGCCCAUGCCCUCCGAACGGAACUCAGGAAAGUGGAGAUGGUCGUCCUGGACGAUUGCAAAAGUAGCGGCCUGCGGGAGGUCAAGUUGAUAAAGGAUGCCCUCUGCACUGCUAGGAAAGAUUGA